CAGCUGCGGCCGCAUCAAUGAGUGAGCGCUGCGUGGGUUGCUUUGGUUGCGUGCUGCCGCUACUGCUGCUGCUGCUGUAUAAGCCACGGCCGCUGUAAUAAUCAACUCUACCCACCACUACCACCACCACCACCACGACCCUUCAUUCACUGCGUCGAUCCGUUCACCAACGGAGGAGCAGGAGGAGCUGUGCGAGACGGAAGCUUCGUCGGCAUCACUGCCCUGGGUUGUUUUUUUUUGCCGCUGCUGCUACUGCUGCCGUAUGAGCCACUGCCGCUGCAUAAUCAACUCUACCCACCACCACCACCAUCACCACCAACCCCCCAUCAUUCGUUGCGUCCGUCCGCUCCGCAACGGAGGAGCAGAGGAGGAGGCGGGAGAAGCAGAGGCGACUUUGACACAGCAACGGGGAGCAGGAGGAGCAGGGGGGAUUUCGUCUUCUGAGUAAACUUCGCUGGUGCCCCCUAACUUCUUUGAGGUCUCCCGUGCCCACUGCGUGACGCCGUGAGACUCGCCAGCGACCACGUGAGCCCCUCCGUCGAGUUGCCCCCCACCCCUCCACUGUCGAGAGUCCGAGUGCCAAAGGGAGGGGGCCGGGGGGGGUGUGGUGGGCGUACCAAGAGGCGACCCAUGGCGUCGACGCUGGACCAAUUCUGCGGCUCCACUUUCUGGAACUCAUCGCUCCUCGAGACGGAGACGCCCGACCUGACGGUGUGCUUCGAGCAAACGGUACUCGUGUGGGCCCCGCUAUCGCUGCUCUGGCUCCUGGCGGCUCCCGUGCAGCUGGUGAAUCUCUGGCGCGUGCCGAGCGCGGCGCGGCCCGUCCAGCGGCGGCGAUUCAGCUUCCUGUACAUCGCCAAUCAGGUGACCCGUUUCCAUCCCCAAGCCCGGUGACGCGCUUGACCUCUCCGUACCGGGGUGUGCGCGCCUGGGCGGCGGGGGUGACCCGCGGCGAGAGCCUAGGCUGUCCCGUAGGGUCGUCACGCAGAGUUCCGUGGGCUCGCAUCGAGACCCAUAGACUCGCGCAGAGAGCCAUUCGAGGGAUGUUGCGACGCUGCGGGGCGUCGCGAAGCUGGGGGAAAUCUUUUGACCUCGUUGUGAGCCUAUGGGACUGUCUGUGAGUCUAUGUGUCUCGGUGUGAGUCUAUGGGUCUCUGUGUGAGUGAGCC